AUGCACUUUCCACUUCUCGCCACCUUCCUCACCCUCGCCCUCUCCUCCCUAACCCAUGCCGCCGAGCUCGGGAUCGAGACCACUCACUCCGUUAGCUGUACGCGCAAAACUGCCAAAGGCGAUGUAGUGCACAUGCACUACCGAGGUACCCUCGCUUCGGAUGGGUCUGAAUUCGACGCGAGCUAUAACCGUGGCUCUCCCCUCAAGUUCCCUCUCGGUGCAGGCAGAGUCAUUAAGGGAUGGGACGAAGGUCUUCUAGACAUGUGCGUUGGGGAGAAGCGGACUCUUACUAUUCCGCCUGAGUAUGGGUAUGGAGAUCGCGGGGUCGGCCCCAUCCCCGGAGGAGCUACGCUGGUGUUCGAGACUGAGUUGAUGGAAAUUGAAGGAGUGUCCAAGGAUGAGCUGUAA